AUGACGAAUGAGGUUGUCUGGGUAGCUAAAGUAAAGGCAAAUGGCGGGGGCUCAAUGCAAGUAGAGGGUUCAACUAGUGGAGGGCAGAAGGAUGUUGAUGGUGGGAUGGUGCCAGUAGCUAGUGUAAAGGAUGCUGGUCCAUCAAUUGAAGGAGAACCAGUUCCAGGAGCUGACUCAACUGUAUGUGUGAAGGAUGUUGGUUAA